UCAGGAGCGGACGGUGCGGUCCGCUCGGGGGAGACGCGCUGUGUCGGGCCGCCGCCCUCGGGGAGCCCGUGUACUGUCCCGGGUCCCGGAGCCGGACCGGCCCUCCGGAGCGCGACCUCGGGCGGGUCCAAUGGAGCCCCGGGGGAGGAAGGACGAGUGGAGAGGCCAGGCCCUUGGGCUUCCCGUGUUUGGCUUUAAAUACGCUGGCCUUCUGCCAGACCAAUCUGUGUCCACUAGCUUCACCGCAGCGGCGUGGCCCUCGGCUCAGGGCCCCGGGCUCGCGCGGAGUCCCUCAAACCGGACGCGCUGCCGCGCCCCGCCGGCUCCAGCCCCGCCCCCGCCGCGCCGCUGUACGGCGGAGGCCGGUCUGCGACCCGGGCUGCCGUAAAGCGCCGCGCCCCGCCCCCGGCACCGGCGCUGCGAGGCCCAGACCCCUCCAGUGGCCGGGCUCCCUGGCGACCCCACGAUGGCCGGACUCGCGCCGCGGGUCGAAUACCUGGCGGGCUUCAGCUGCCCGCUCGGGGGCCUGGCGGCGGGCAAGCCUCGCGUGCUCUGCCACGGGGCAGAGAUCUUCCUGUCCACCGGGAGCGAGUUGGUCUAUGUCUACGACCGGGAGGAGCGGCUGCUGAUCGCCGUGUACAAGUUUCCCGGUCAGGUGUGGGACCUGGAGCUCCUGGCCCUUCGCAGGGCGCUUUACGUUCUGUGCGCCCGGAGCGGCAUCUAUUGCUUGUCUUUGGACCAGGAUAACAGGUCUGUGAGCCGGGAUGACAAGGAUGACGGGGACGACCAGGACAGUGAGCCCCCUGACCCUGUGAUCCCAGUGCACCCAGACACCUGUGUGCUCCCAGAUGCCACGCUGCAUGCCUUCACCGUGCUCGAUGACAUGCUCGUCACCCUGGCGCAGGGCCCCACCCAGUGGAAGGUGCAGCUGUUUGAGCGUCCCUGUCCAGGGGAGGACUGCAGGCCUGGAGGCCAGAUUGGCGAGGUGGAGUUGUCCACCUGCACCCCUCCAGCUGGGAGCCUGGGGGAGCCUGCAGCCCCUAGAUUCCUCCCAGUGCUGUGCUGUGCGUCACCACCAGGCUCCAGGGCCCCACAUAGCCACCCGUGGGGCUCUGGGGGCAUCACGCUAGAGGGGGCCCUCUUUGGGCUACUCUUUGGACCCGACGCCUCCCUCCUGGAGUCGCCCGUGAUCCUCUGUGGUCUCCCUGAUGGCCAGCUCUGCUCUGUGGUCCUCAAGACUCUGGUUACCUCCAGGUUAGCCCCUGGUGAUCCGAAGGCCCUCGUCAAGAUCCUCCAUCACCUAGAGGAGCCUGUCAUCUUCAUUGGGGCCUUGAGGACAGAGCCGCUGUCCGAAGAUGUGGGAGACGCCUACUGCGACUGCGUGGUGGCGCUUGGUCACCAUGGCCGGACACUGGCCAUAAAGGCCAGCUGGGACGAGGCGGGGCAUCUGGUGCCAGAGCUGCGGGAGUACAGCCUCCCAGGGCCUGUGCUCUGUGCAGCUUGUGACAGGGGCAGCCAUGUGUACCACAGCACCCCCUCGGACCUCCGUGUAGUGGACCUGGCUCAGGAGGGCUCCCCGUGGGACCCCACACAGUGUGACGGAUUCCCAGGAGGCCUGCCCUCUUUGCUGUGUCCAGCCAGCUUGAGCAUCUGCAGCGUCACCACCCUCUCUGUGUCACCCAGGGUGCUUGAAGGCGGUGCUGAGCUCCUGGCCCUGUCUGCCAAAGGCCGGCUGAUGAUCUGCAGCCUGGACCUGCGCUCUGAGACGUCUCACCCCACCAGAGUGACCUCGGCAAAUGCUGGCCAAAAAAUUAAGGAGUUGCUGUCUGGAAUUGGCACCGUCUCUGAGAGAGUGUCUUCUCUGAAGAAGGCGGUUGACCAGCGGGACAAGGCCCUGACCUGCCUCAACGAAGCCAUGAACGUGAGCUGCGCCCUGCUGUCGAGCCGGGAGGGGCCUCGGCCCAUCUCUUGCACCAUCAGCACUGCCUGGAGCCGCCUGCAGCUGCAGGACGUGCUGACAGCCACCUGCCUGCUGGAGAAUAGCAGCGGCUUCAGCCUGGACCGGGGCUGGGCCCUGUGCAUCCAGGUGCUCCGCAGCUCCCGGGCCUUAGAACUGGACUCGGCCAUCUCGGCCGUCACCUACACCAUCCCCGUGGACCAGCUCGGCCCUGGUGGUCGGCGCGAGGUGACGCUGCCUCUGGGCCCCAGCGAGGACGGUGUGCUUGACCUGCCCGUGACCGUGUCCUGCGCACUCUUCUACAGUCUAAGGGAGGUCGUGGGUGGGGCCCUCGCCCCCACAGACCCGUUCAAGGACCCCUCUUUGGAUGAAUGCACCCCUGACGUUCUCCCUGCGCAGGAGGGCGUGUGCCUGCCCCUGAGCGAGCACACGGUGGACAUGCUGCAGGGCCUGCGGUUCCCCGGACUGGCUGCACCUCACACCCAGGCCCCGGGCUCGCUCAGCCCUGCCAGGGACCCCAUCCACACCUUCCUGGGAACGUGCUGUGGGCCGGGCAGUCAGCCGGCAGGAUCCGCGUCCCUGAGGGCCAAGUACCUGCCCCCGUCAGUGGCCACCAUCAAGGUGUCAGCAGAGCUGCUUAGGGCUGCCUUAGGGGACAGUCACGCAGGCGUGUCCCUGUGCUGUGCCACCCUGCAGUGGCUCCUCGCCGAGAAUGCCGCCGUGGACAUUGUGAGGGCCCAAGCCCUGUCCUCUGUCCAGGGAGUGGCCCCAGAUGGCACUGAUGUCCACCUCAUCAUCCGCGAGGUGGCCGUGACCGACCUGUGCCCGGCAGGGCCCAUCCAGGCCUUGGAGAUCCAGGUGGAGAGCUCCUCUCUGGCCAACAUGUGCAGGGCACACCACGCCAUCAUCGGGCGCUUUCAGAGGCUGGUCGUGGAGCAGGCCGCCCGGGGCUCCAGCCCGCCUGACCUCCGCUUGCAGUAUCUCCACCAGAUCCAGGCCAACCAUGAGCUGCUGCCACCCUUCCUUCCUGUAGACGCUGCUGCAGGAGGUACAGACCCUGCGGGACCGGCUGUGCACGGAGGACGAAGCCAGCUCCUGUGCCACCGCCCAGAGGCUCCUGCAGGUGUACAGGCAGCUCCGCAGCCCCACCCUCCUCCUGCUGUGAUGCCAGCGGCCACAGCCUCCGCACUCAACCUCGACGCCGUUGGGCCGCCUCCCACCCAGAACGUCGGGGCUGGAUCAUCAGCAUCCCUCCACUCAGAAGGCAGGCCCAGGCCGUGGCGCCCAGACUCUAGCGCAGGUGUGUCGUUGCCCUAGCAGCCUGCGGAGGCCGCAGAGACAGGGCUUUUGGCUUGAGACUCGGGAGGGUGUGUUUCAGUGGUUGUCACAUUCCCACCAUGGUGCCCAGAGGCCGGGGCUGCCCCUGUUGGCAGCACCACUGGCCCACCCACAGACCUUUCAUCCAGCACUGUCCACACCUGUCCAGCCUUGGGGCGCCUCGGCCCUGCUUCUCUGCAGCUGCUGGGGUCACCAGCUGCGAAGGUGCUCCCUGUGACCAAAGCACAAAGACUGGGGGGGGUUCCUACAGGUGCCCUGUGGCCAAAACAAAAACUAGGUGCCUCUGGCCAGGGCCACACCCAGUGCCCAGCACUGUGCAUUGUUUCCAAGGGUCCCUUGGGGCAGACAGCAGCCCCAGCGUGGCUCCGGUGCUUUUGGGGAGGGUGGCUCUCCCCCUGGACUUCACACGGUGCUUUCCUGCUAUGCGUGCAGGGCCUGUGAGGCACCCCGCCUCAAAAAGUGACCCUUUCUGUUGCUCUGCCUUGGCCUUGGCUGAUUUUUACCCCUCCUCCUUUGGUCUCAUGGCAGCUUUGACCUGGCUUCUUGGACAUGCCCUCAGCUCUGGGCCCCCAAGUCCGGGACCCUGACUGCACUGUCCAGAUGAGCCUUGAACUGGCCUCUAGUGGGCCCUGAGGCCAGCAGGAAGCCUCAACACUGGGGUGAAAUGGUCCCUGCAGGGCUAUUCAGGUCAUGAGGGUCCCUCCCCAGGAGGACAGAGGUCCCCUCCUCAUCACCCUGCAUGGAGGGAGAGGGGCUGGUGGGGUGCUCCAAGCUGGGGUCUAGGAGAGUGGGUGGUUGCCACAUGGACCCAGCACUGGAGGGUUCUUCAGGAUGGGAAGGAGGACAGAGAGGGGGGCCAGCCCACCCAGUACUGCCCUAUUCCUCCUGUCCCCAAGUUUGCUAGGAGCAGCGUGACAGCUGCCUUCUCUAAGGAUGAGCAGGUAGUCCACCUCCAGUUUCUGCAGGCUUGGGUGGUCCUUACGCAACCUGGAAGGGAGAGGGCUGCACCCCCUUAGUCCUGUCCCCGGCUGUUUCUGAGGGUCUUCUUCCUUUCACCUCCUGGAGUGCCAUGGGGGAAGAUGGAGUGGCCAGGCCAGCCCACAGGGAACCCCAAGCACUCUUCCCUGCCUCCCCUCUCCAGCCGCUGCCCUGGGCUGUGCAGGCUCCACUCAGCGAUUGUCUGAGGCCAAGUACACUGUCUGGCCAAGGUCAGCAAACAGGAGACCCUUCCUUGGCGCCCUGUGGUACACCUGAACGCUGGUGCUGGCUUCUUUCAGGCCAAGAGUGCCCAACAGAUGGGCCCCCAACCUGCCUAUCCCAUAUGCCACCAGGGGGCAGUGCAGACUGCAGCUCAGGACACUCACUCGUCCCCUCCAGGUGCAACUCCCGCAUCUGGUACUUGCAGAGUCAGUUGGAGCCCACCUUGAACUGUGUUGGCCCAUUUGGGUCCAAGCCCUUCUUAGUCCCUAAGGUGAGGGGAGGCCGGCGAAGUGGGGAGUCAGCCAAGAGGGGCUCUGGGGAGAGACUGGGGAGGGGUCCUAGCUGGUCUUCCCCACCCCCAGGAUGCCUCUCCCCUUCCUGUCCUCCCUGGCCACGUGUGUCUACGCUCCUCUGGAACUUGCUCUGCACACUUCCUUGCUUCCCUUCUUUCCCAGAGCACCUCACACUGGCCACACUCACUGGAGGGGGGGCUUCAGGCCCCAGGCAAGGGCAGGGACUGCCCAGGGUGGGGAGAGGGGUGUGGGCCCAGGGGAAGGGUCGGUGAGGUCAUCUAUAUUUGUGGUCUCCGCCUACUCCAGGCUCUAGACUUACGCUCAGGCUGUCCCCCCAGCCCUCCAUCACCCCAGUCCUCAAGGCCCAGGCCAAUCCCAAGGGGCAUGCCUCCCACCCACUCCCACCUCCAGUGGUCCAGCUUACCCAGCCCAUCCAAGAGGCACUGCCUAGGCGGGGGUCUUUGGGGACCGGCGGGGUUUUGGGUGCCAGCUGGUUUGGGGAGACACAUGGGUGAACUAUGGCCUGGUCCUGGUCAUCCACCCUUCCUAGGCUGGAUGAGGCUGGGUGGCAGCAGGCUGGUGCAGAGGCUGAGAAGGGCCCUCUCCCCCAUGGCUGGCCAUACACAGCCCCGUUUGGGAGGGGUGGGGCUCACUUCUCCAUCAGGUGCUUCCAGAAUUCCCUAAGAGUCUGCCUUUGGGGAAGGGAGCAGUGAUGUGCUCUAUGGAGACCCCAAAGACCCUCUAACCUACCUGAGGCCUGGGACCAGGCUUCUCCCAGCUGCCGCACCCCCACCCCGAUCCUGCUGAGUAGAGUGGGGGUUCCUCUCUCCCGGGCUUGCGGAGAAGGUGUGUGCCAAGGAGGGAAAUGCGGGGGUGGCAGGGGAAACAAGAGGAGGCCCUGGACUGGCUGUCCAGCAUGGGCUUGUGAGACGUUCAGUCAACUGGACCUUCCUCCCGGACAAGCCCCAACCUUGGAUUUUUCUGGGCAUACGGGAUGGCGGGGGCGGGGCCCCAGGGCGGAGGGGCCAGGGACCGCUCGAGUGCAGACCCUCCGCGCACACCCCUCCCCACCCCGCGCGG